GGCAUUCCUUCCCUCCCAGGCCCCACUUGUGAGUUGUGUCAACCGUCUCCAUCUUUCCCUCGCGGCACGGAUAGAUAUAAGAUAGCUAGAUAGAUAGAUCGAUUGCAGACGGUGGUGCCUGUUGACUUUUUUUGGGGAGUAGGCGUAGCAGUGCUCUGCGCUCCUCUCUGCUCCGCUCUGCUCUGCGCUGGCUGUUCCGACCGCAAGCAAUCCGAUUGGAUCGACGCGAUGAACGAUCUAAUGACCUAUUCCUUCGUCGGAUUAACCAAUCUCGACGACGAGGAGGAAGGUGACCCGACCAAGGCCGAGGCCUCAGCCGCGGAUGAGAAGCUCCGGCGCUUCUUGGCGGAGGCGGAGGCGGCCAAUAAGGAGAUGGCCGCCAUCCGACAUCUGCUCGCAGGUCUCCAGCAAGCCCAUGGGGAGACCAAUUAUUCCCUCUCUGACCCCGACUCCCUCCGCUCCAUCCGCCGCCGCAUCAACGCCGACCUCCUCCUCGCCAUCCGCACCGCCCGCGACGUCCGCGCCCGCCUCGAUGCCAUGGACUCCGACCCCGAGCCCACGGCGGCCUCGUCCGUCGGCGCCGGGCUGCGCUCCAAGCUGAGGGAGCUCAUUGCGGACCUCCAGGAGCUGCGGCGGCGGAUGGCGGCCGACCACCGGGAGGCGGUGGCGCGCUGCUAUUUCGCCAUCACGGGUGAGCGCCCCGACGAGGCGCUGCUCGACCGGAUCGCGUCCAUGUCGGGUGGGGACGAGCUGAUGCUUCUAAAGAAGGCGGUGGCGGAGGGAGGAGGAGGUGACGGCGACUUGGUGGUAGCUGUGCAGGAGAUGGAGGAUCGGCAGGAGGUGGCGUCGGGAUUAGAGAGGAGCCUGCUGGAGCUGCAGCAGCUGUUCCUCGACAUGGCCGUGCUGGUGGAGGCGCAGGCCCAGCACUUGGAUGACAUUGAGCAGCAGGUGGCCGCCGCCGCCGACUUUGUAGGAAACGGUGCCCAGGACCUCGAGGAUGCUCGGCAGUACCAAAAGAGCGCUCGCCGCAAGGCGGCGUGGAUCGCACUUGCAAUUUUGCUUCUGCUGCUGCUUAUCUUGGCCGUUGUCGUUGCAGUCGUUGCCAUUAAUUUGAGCAAGAAAAGCACGCACCUAUCCAUCUACAUUUUUACCUGGUAGUCUAGUUCUUAGUAGUUUGGGCAUUUGAUUUGUGCGGAGAUCUGCGAGUAUCAAGAGCGGAGAGUGUUUUUUCUGAAUUUGUCGGAUCACAUGGGAAAUUUGAUGACUGUUAUAUGCGCAACAGGCAAACAAUUCCGGUUAAGAGUUUGUUUGAGCCAAAUUUAAAAUUUUCUUGUAAGUUUCUAAAUAAAUAUGACGCACAAAUUCCUGUUUGAUUGAGCUUAAUUAAUAAAAUAAUUAUGACGUGAA